UGUACAACGCAGUAGGUGCUCAUAUCUAAUGAUUGUUCACUACUCUGAUAAGCUAUUGUUUGAAUAAAAGAUACUGUGGAGCGUCAUAAAGUAUCUACUCGAACUGAUUAUAUACAUCGACAGAAGUGUUUAUGGAAAACAAAUAAUCUGGUGUAAUUCCGUGUUGUGAAGUGAAAAUAUGCAGGCUGUUCGCAGAUCAGCUUCAAUAAUAACAACUGCUGGGAAGCAGUUCACAAGAUCAAUUGCAGUUAAUAGUGCAACCAUCAACGCUAAUGAGGAGCACAACAACCUGAAGUCAUGGCGCGAAAUACCCGGACCCUCCAAAUUACCCAUAAUUGGACAGUUGCACCAUUUUCUGCCAGGAGGUUCUUUAUAUAACAACGAAGACUUUAUUAAUAACGUUAUGUACGAACGCUUUGGACCCAUUAUAAGAAUGGAGGGUUACUUCGGAUCGCCUCCUAUUAUUUUACUCUAUGAUGCAGAAGCUUCAGCACAAAUACUUCGUGGUGAAAAUUGGAUGCCAAAUCGUCCUGGUUUCCAAUCAUUACAAUAUUUUCGAAAGAAUUAUUACCAAAAGCAAGGUGCUGCUCCCGACGGACCUACUGGUCUGAUUACAGACCAUGGCGAUAUCUGGAAGAAAUUUAGAUCAACCGUGAAUCCAAUUAUGUUACAACCAAAAACUAUUAAACUGUAUACCAGUUCACUUAAUGAAGUAGCAGAAGAUAUGAUUGAAAGGAUGCGGUUGAUACGCAACGACAAAAAUAUGUUGAAGGGAAAUUUUGAUUUCGAGAUGAAUCUAUGGGCGUUGGAGUCUAUUAGUGUAGUGGCUCUUGGUGGUCGUCUAAAUUGCUUCGACCCCAAACUUCCUGAAAGUUCUCCUGCGAGGAAGCUAAUACAUUUGGUUCAUGAAAUAUUCACUAUAGUCGACCAGUUGGACUUCAAACCAAGUGUGUGGCGAUAUAUCUCAACGCCAACAUUCAAAAAGGCGAUGAAGCUAUACGAAGAUCAGAUUAGUAUAAGUAAACACUUCAUCGCAGUGGCUAUGAAAGAGCUCAAGUCUAAGAAUCAGCCUUCCUUUGAAGAAAAAGGUGUUUUAGAGAAACUCCUUGAAAUUGAUGAGAACGUAGCUGUUAUUAUGGCUAGCGAUAUGUUAUUUGCUGGUGUCGACACGGCAGCUAAUACCAUGACUGCGACGUUAUAUCUACUGGCCAAUAAUCCAGAUAAACAAAAAAAACUAAGAGAAGAAAUCCUCUCGGAUAAAGAAAAGCGGUCCUAUCUUAAAGCAUGUAUUAAAGAGUCUAUGAGAAUGAUGCCAGUUGUGGCAGGCAACAUGAGGCUUACUUCGAAGGAGUACAAAACUUUAGGCUAUAAAAUACCCAAAGGUACAUAUGUAUCAUUCAUUCAUCAAGCUUUGUCUAUGAUGGAACAACACUUUCCGCAGCCAGAAAAGUAUAUUCCUGAAAGAUGGAUCGCAGAAAAAGAUGAUCCCUUGUUUCAUGGAAAUGCACAUCCCUUCGCAUGGAAUCCGUUUGGAUUUGGAGUUCGCAUGUGCAUAGGUCGCCGAAUAGCUGAAUUGGAAAUAGAAACCUUUCUCGCGAAGGUGAUCGAAAAUUUCCAAGUGGAAUGGUUUGGACCGCCGCUGCGGACUCGGUCCAGCUCGCUGAAUUAUACUAUUGGACCUUUUAAUUUUAUUUUUAAAGAUGUUAAAUAACUCUUUGGAGCAUACAAUAAACACUGGGUCUUUUUCACAUUG